GUGUGCGCUAUAUUUUGCCAGAUUAGGUCAUGUCCAAGCUUUCCUUCUCUCUCAACAAACCGAAAACAGCUACCCCUGCUGUUACUGCCACUUUCAAGCAGCCUGCCGCAUUUUCUGCAUUUGACGAUGAUGAGCCAGUCGACGCCGCUCCCACAGCCAGUUCUUCUCGAGAAGGCGUCUCUGCGAACAAAAAGUUGCUCGCUCAGAAUGCCCUUACGUCUAAGAAGCUGAAGAAACAGAUGGAGGAGGAGAAGAAAGUUGAUUCAACGGUAUACGAAUAUGAUGAGGUAUGGGAUAAGAUGCAGAUGGCGAAAUUGCAACAGAAGGAGGUAAAGGAAGCAGAGUCAAAAGAGCGAAAGCCUAAGUAUAUCCAUGGCCUCCUUACCGCUGCUGCUACGCGGAGAUUGGAUCACCUUCGAGCAGAAGAGAAAAUGAUGCAGCGGGAACGGGAGCUUGAAGGCGACGAAUUUGCGGACAAAGAGGCGUUCGUGACACAGGCAUACAAGGACCAAAUGGAGGAAGUACGCAAGGCUGAAGAAGAAGAGAAAAGGAGAGAUGAACUCAAAAAAAAGCAGGGUAGAGGUACUGGAAUGGCCCACUUCUAUCGUCGAUUGCUUGAAGACUCGGAACAAAGCCACGAAGCUACAGUAGCUGCGACUCAGAAACCUAUCAUUGGUCCUCAAGGACCAAUGCCGAACAUGACCAUAACGAAGCCCCCAGAUCUUACUCCACUAUCGGACUUGGAACGUGCUCGAAUAGCACGUGGGGAAGGCAAAGAUGUGGAGUUGAACGACGAUAACCAGAUUAUCGACAAACGUGAUCUCUUGAGCGGCGGCUUGAACCUGUCCGGUACCAACACUCGUAAUCUCAAAACACGGUCUGCGAAUAAACCCGAACCCGAUUCGGAUAAUGUUCAAGUGCAUAGAGCGGUAGGGGUUGCGGCGAGCAGACAAGAGAUAAAGGAGAGGAGGAUGCGGGAAAUCGAACUUCAGAUGGAGGAAGAACAAGAGCGUGCCCGGAAAGAACAAGAACGAGAAGAGUACGAAAUGGCCCAGAGAAUCAUAGCAAAGAGGAAUAAUGAAGAGGAUGUUGAGAGUGCCCGGGCCCGUUACUUGGAGAGAAAACGGCGAAGGCUGGAAGAAGCUCAGGACGCAGGCGAACAAAAAUUGUGAGAAAUCUAUCCACAGUCCGCUUGUAGCAUAUACAUACAAUAUCUAUACAUGUGUACGACAUAAUU